GCUGACAGACCUGCUGAAACAGCAGGGGAAUGAGGUGAGCUCGGUGGAAAAUGCCACGGCCAGUCCGCCCAGUGCAGGGAGAGUCAACGGCGUCUCAGCCAGGAUGCUGCGCAGCAGGAGUGAACAGUACCAGCUGAAUAACUCUGCUUAUGGACCAUUUGGACAAGGGCUUCCACAGCCUCACAGCAACCACAGCACAGUGGGACUGAACAAAUACACCUCCCUCAAAGCUGUGGCUGAAACUGCAUCUCGGAGCUACUACAAGAGCUUCCCUCUCAUGGAUUUCUCCCACUACCAGCCUGUAGCCCCGCCUGCCUUCCAGCCUGUGCCCAUUCCACCUAAAGAGAAGUCAUACAUCCAUCACCAACCCCUGCCAGCACACCACGACAUCCACUCCCCUCUUUCAAUCUCCAUCCCCCCCAGCCACCUCGAGCAAUCACGCCUCUCUAAGACAACCACACACCCGUUUCUCUCCAACUCGGCCUUCAAAGCAUGGGAGCCAAAUGCCCGCCAUGUCCACAGGCAGACCUCCGCCCCAGCGCAUGCUUCCACCUCUCUGCACAGCUCCACCCGGAGACACAACUACUCAACCCGGAGGCAGCAGAGCACAGAGAAUGUCCCAGAUCUCUAUACUCAACCCUAUGGAGGGAUGUAUGGAGGAACUGGAGGGGGAGCAGGACAGGGGCCACAUGUCCAGGGGCAACAUCCAUCUCAACCCACUUAUUACCACCACACCAGACAGAAGAACUACUCCACCCACAGUGCAAAUGAGGUGACUGUCUGAGCGGCAGCAACUCAGAGUGCGGCCUUCCACCUUGUUUAACACAAAAACGAAAACGCUUUGGCGUAAGCCAAAAGGGCCAGAGUUUGGGACAGCUCGUCCAACAUGUGGUUAAUUAAACAAGGAGUUUUUUUAAGACACGAAAAAAUGAAAAGGGGUGUUUUCAUAAGAGGAAACAGUCAGGUUCAGGAGGAAAACAGUGCAGAACCAUCACUUUGUAGAAAAUGGACUGUGCUGGUAAAGGUUAUUACCGCACUUGACCAAAUGUCUCGUAUAAUAAAUGUUUAGAUUUCACCCAAGGAUAUCUCAAAUCCACUCUCAGGCUUCAAUAGGCUGCAAAGCUAUAAAAAUGUCCAACUACUAAAGAUUUUCCACUACAGUGUGCUUCAAUUGCGGUUGUACAGGCCAUAUGGUACGGAGCCUCGCAAGGGACAUGUUAGAAAAAAAAAUAAAGAUGAACAUUUGCGAGAUCUCGCAAAUGUUUUAGUCGCAUCCUUCAGAGGCCGCCAGCUCGUAGCCGACCGGGAGGUCGAGGCACGAUGUACCGGGAGUGCGGUGUUCCCCCCGGCUGUAGUGGACCUCAACCUCCCGUUAGCUUCAAGCUGCUCUCAGUCUACCUCCAUGCACAGCUGUUUUCUCCUUGUCCCUUUUUCUCCCACCAAUUUUCUGAGAUGAAGCGCUUUGCAUUCUUCGCCAUCAGGCCAAGCAUACGGGGACAGCAUCCCCCUGGGUCACAUUAACUGACGGUGAGGACAAUGGCACCAUCAUGUCAGGUCCCAUCAGCCUCCAUCCUAGCUAGAGAAAAGAAGAGAAGGAAAGAGAGGAAGAGCGUAAGAGCCAGAGGCUCAAACUCUUUAGAAAGGAGAGAAAAGGAGGAAAGAGAACAGGAAAAUAAAAAACAAACACACACUGCUGCAUGUUUUCCUUCCUUGGGGGAAGGAGUCAGUGUGGAUCUGGUCUCCUACUAUUGAACUGUCUGAGGCAUAAUUCAGAGUGUGCAGAUGCCUGUAUGUAAUUUCUAACCUACAGGCGCCAUUGCGGGAAAGUUUUCUGAGGCGUUUCCAGCCCUGGAGCGUUAGACAUUUCUCAUUUCAUCUCUGAACCCCGGACAGCAAAGGACACUGUGCAGAGUUGCGGCUGUUGAUUUAAACAUUCAACAGUUUUUGCAUUGCUUCCACUGCACUUGUUGGUGAAGAUGUACAACUGGAACACCCUCAGGAGAUGUACAAUGUACGACACAUGUGUCCAGAAAUGGUUCCAUGAGGUUCGUGAAUUGAAUUUGUGCCGAAAGAGCUGCUUAAUAUUUUCCUAAAUGAAGGAUCUGUAUAUGAGUAUGGCAAAGAGGUCACAGCACCUUAACAAUAUGUCAUAAGAAGACAGGUGAACAAAACAAUCUGACCUAUUCUGCCCUUUUGAGCAGACCAAAAUUUUAACAACUCUUCCAAAUGAUCGAGAGGAACAUUUUGUUUUGGCCUCUACCCAAAGUAAAGUUUAACACUUUCUCUCCUCUCACCUAUAUUUGUCUGUCUGCUAAGUUUUGGAGUUGUUUUCGACUGGAACAGCUGCCUGAUGGAACAAGUUUGAAUUUUUUUAAGACACCAAAAUGUUCUGUUAAGCUGUACAUUUGCAUCAUAAUUCAUUUUUGGUUCAUCUCUCCAUAUGGACCUAUUCAUAUUCCACCUGAACUUCUUAAUAAAAAAAAAUACACGAGGUUUAAAAUCUUGCCACCAGGCUUACAGAAGUUAUCAUUUAUCCCUGGAGAAAUGAGCAAGAAAAGCAGCAACUUUGAAAAUUUUCAAUUUUAAAGGGAUUUGAUAAUCUGUGACUAGCACUGUUGUCAGCUGCUGUCAUGGAGGCAUUCGUGACAGGGGUUUUAAACUGUUCAUUUGAACCAUGUGGAGAAAUGUCAGAAAUUUUGCUAAUAGGUAAAAGUACAGUAAAUGUAUAUUUGGUGUCUUUUGUCAGCCAAAAUCUGUCAUUAAUGGGGAUCUAGUAUCAUAUUUUAAUUUUGGACUUAAUCCGACAGCAACCCAUAGCUUGAAGCAAUCCUCACAUGUUUUAUAAUGAGCCUUAGUGCAGCCCCUUGAUCCACUAUUCUAACUCCUCUCCCUUUAACCCAUCCUCCCAACUUUGUUCUGAUUGGUUGCCCCUUGCAAACAGAAGGUUGAGCUUCUUUAUCCAUAGCUGGAGCUAUGUGCCUGAAAUGACCAUAACAGAGACAUGUUUAACAUAAGUAGCCACCACUGUAACAGUACAUGAGUGACAGAAAAUAAUAAAAAACACACAGCAGGUCUCAUUUAACACUUUUUUUAAUACUCAGUCUGGUACAUAAGCUAAGUGCAAGUCUAACCUGGUAUUUAUGAAGGCUCGAGCCACAUUCACCUACUCUAAGCACUUCAAAUCGCUUAACCUGUCAUAUCCUCCUGAGAUCCAGCCUGUUCAUUUAUGUCUCCUGUAAUGGACAUUUGUUUUUGGUCUAUAUCUUUUUACUUAUUUGAGCUAACUUAAUAAGUCAUGAUGUGCUCAAUAGAAGAUAUCCUGGCCUUUCCGAUGAUAUCUCAUGUGUUUGGGUGAAAUCGUUAAACUGGAAGAUACUUUUUUCCUCUGUUUGCAGGAGGGUAUAGUCCCACCUACUGCCCGCACACUGACAUCACCCGUUAACAUGCAUGUCUUCGGACUGCAGAAGGAAACUGAAGUAAACCCAAAUCUAAUAGGAGCAGCAGAGAUCAGCGAGACAAACACCUGCAUCAUUCACAAUGAUGUCACAUUAAGUGAAUGGCAUUUAGAGCUCUGUGGCUCCUGCUGUGUCAAGAAAACAAAAAAAACAGGCAACUCUUUCACCGCACCCUCUCUUGUCUUCAUUCGCUUGUAUGUAAACACAAGAAGGACACGUCUGUAAUUAUGCGAUUCCCCUCUUCAACAGCGCAGUGUCCUGGGCAGGCAUUCGUUUCCCCUCCAAACGGUCGGUGUUGUGGGUUUAAAAUGUUGAGAGCUGCUGCUUUUUUCCCCUUAAACAAUAGCAGUUUAGUUCUUUGCAGUGAACAAGUGCUUCCAAUGUUUGUUUGCUUUUCCCCCGUGGUAUGGAAAACUGCAUUUUUCUCCACCUGAUCUUCUAGUCUUGAUGAAACAAACUGCUUUUUCACGUCUUUGUGAUAAAUUCUUGACACAUUUUGUACAUUAUUACUCCGCCUUUUGUUGAUUUUUGUUUUAUGUAGUGCAACCACCAUCUGGGAAUCAUUUUGAUUUGAUUUAUGACUAUUGUGUAAAUAUUUUUAUUUAUUGGAUUUCCUAUAUAUUUUAUUUAUAUAAGGGCUGUAUGAACAGAGAGUAUUUAUUAUUAGUAGUAGUAUUACUGCUGUCAGGUUUUAACAGAAUAUUUGACUUUAUGUUGGCAGAGUUGGGCAAUAGACAGGCCUUUUCACAUAAGUGGCAAAACACAGUGGCACAAACGAACUGCAGUACCUCUGUCUAAGCCACUGGUGAGGUCUAUAUGGCCAGAAGUGGUGAGGAGGAUCUAGAUGUGCUUUGGAACAUUUGUCUGCAUGUUUAAAACUGGAAGAAUUAUUUUUUGCUGGGUAAAGACUGCUGAGUUUACACCACUUUGGCUCCCUCAGUUACUGCAAGUAAUAAAAUAUAAUAGAUACAGAUGAAGUCAGAGUGUAUUGGAGAGAAAUACAGUAUGUAGUGUUUAUGCUGUAUGUGUCCAUACUUCUUACUACAACAGAACAGCUACUUUAUACCCAAAAUAUUCUAGAGAUGUUGUUUCUAACAGACUGUUUAGAAGACACUUUUAAUGAUGAACUAUUAAAUAUUGAUA